GGCGAAGAAGAACAAGUAAAAAAAAAAUGAAAAAAAGAAGCUUGUAAUUAAAGUCACAAGUUGUCAUGCGUACUCAGUAUGAUAGAAGGGAAGUGCUUCUAUAACAGUGGCACACUGUUGCUAUCUGUGUCCCACACUCUCCGCUACACCUCUGCCCUGUGCUGCUGUUUGCGCAUUAAACUGGAACUAAACAGUUAGGGAAGUCAAAUUUAGUGGCGCGACGUUGUUAGGAAUGGAUUUAUCCGAAUCUUACGGGACUCUUUCCUAGAUUUGUAGUAAAAAAAUACACAGUUGACAGCACAACAGCGGCAAAAAAGUUUAAAAUGUAUUGCUAGGGCGAGUUAAGAAAAACACCAUGGCAGACACAAGGACUUUCAACGUUGUUAUUUUGGGUGUAGGAUUUUUGUUCAUUUUCACCGCUUUCACCACCUGUGGAAACAUUGAACAAACUGUGGUAAAAAGCUUGCACAAUGAAACUUUCACUGGAAGUGGGUACCACAGUCUUGGCAUCAUCUAUGGAGUCUUUUCAUUCUCAAAUUUACUUGCACCAACGGUCGUUGCAGUAAUCGGACCAAAGAUGACUAUGUUUUUGAGCGGCCUGCUUUACAGUGGGUACAUUGCUGUGUUCAUCAGCCCUGCAACAUGGGCCUUUUACUUGACCUCUGUACUCAUCGGCAUCGGAGCAGCCUUGCUCUGGACAGCUCAAGGACACUUUCUGGUGGAAAACUCCGAGGCCUCCACCAUCAACAGGAACACGGGGGUGUUCUGGGCUCUCCUACAGUGCAGCAUGCUGUUUGGCAAUCUUUACAUUUAUUUCGACUGGAAUGGAAGAGCAGAGAUAUCAGACAGCAGCAGGAAAAACAUUUUUCUGUCCCUGUUGGUCGCCUCUGUACUCGGCACACUCAGCUUCCUGGUGCUGAGGAAGAGCCAUCACGAAGAGGACAUGCUCUCUGAAGAGGAAGGGCAGUCGCUGCUCUCAACUCGUAUGAUGUAUAAGGACAGAGCAAACACUGCCCUGCAGGAUGCCAAGUCAGAAUUCAAAACCAUCCAGCAGCUUCUGAAGACUAAAACUAUACUGCUCCUGAGUCCCUGCAUGGCAUACAGCGGCCUGGAGCUAUCUUUCUACAGCGGCGUGUAUGGAACGUGUAUCGGAGCAACUGCACACUUUGGAGAAGCAGCGAAAGGCUUGAUUGGGAUCUCUGGGAUUGUGGUAGGCAUCGGAGAGAUUGUGGGUGGAGGCUUGUUUGGAUUGUUGUGUAAGAACAAUCGCUUCAGACGGACCUCUGUGGUGUUCCUGGGAAUGGUUGUCCAUUUUGUUGCAGUCUAUCUGAUCUUCCUCAACAUCCCAGAUGACGCCCCUGUAGUCUUUGACACCACCACCCAAAGUAAACCAUAUCUAACUCCAAGUGCAUCCAUUGCCCUGCUGUGCAGCUUCCUGCUCGGACUUGGGGACAGUUGUUUCAACACGCAGCUCUACAGCAUAUUAGGCUGUGUUUAUGCUGAACAAAGCACGCCUGCUUUUGCCAUCUUCAAAUUCAUCCAGUCUAUUUUUGCAGCAGUGGCUUUUUUCUACAGCGGUUACCUGGUGUUGAAGUGGCAGCUGCUGCCGAUGGUCAUCCUGGGCUUCGUUGGAACACUGUGCUUCUUCGUGGUGGAGAGGACGCAGAACUUCUCUGUAGAUUUGCAGGAAUAUUAGAAAAAAACAUUUCUGUAUGAGCACUGAUUGUUAUGUGGGAGAAAUUACGGCCAUCAGAAAAACAACCCUGUGCUUUUCUCUCACGAGGGGUUAUUUUGAAAUCUAUUUUUAUUAUAGUGCGCUGUAGAUCACAUUCAUAUAGAUAACACUUAUACCAAGUCUUACAAAAACAUCUGAUUUGCAAUACAUGGCUGUCAGUCAGCCUGGAUUGUACUUUGCACUCUACUCUAAAUACCCAACACUACACAGUAUCAUUAAUCAUUAACAUGAUUUUUCUCCUGCACUGCUGCGCUGUAGGACUUAAAAGAAAAUAACCACUCUUCUUAUCGCGUACUUGUUUGCAUCGCUUCCAGCUCAGGUUUAUUACUAAAGACGUAUUUUUAAAAAUAUUUUAUGUAUAAAACUGUUACUUUUAGAGCAUAGUUUUAUCGUGAUUGACAGUUUGAUAAAAAAUAGAUGAGAGAAAAUAAUGCAAUAUUCUUCCUGUCAUGUUUUGGAAACGUUAACUAAUUAGUGCCUGACAAUCAUUGUUAUUAACUUUUUGUUAUAAAUUUUGCAUUUUGUUAGUGUUUUUCCUACAAUUUUGUGAAUCUUUGAUGAAUAAAGUUCUAUGCAUUUUGA